CACUGAAAGCCUCACUAAUCCUUUCAGCUGCUUGUCCUGUGUGAGGUACAGAAGGAUGUUUCUCAGAGCUACUUGGAAAUAGAUCAUUAAGAAACAUGGCUACUCAUCUGUGGAUUUAUUUUUCUUAUCUAUGAUACGUAUAAAAGACAUGCAAGAUGGAUUUAUCAAUAUUUUGUUUUGGGUAACAUCCUCAUUUAAAGGGAACCUGUCAGACUCAACAACCUCAGGCAUCUGAAAAUGACAGAUACAACAGGUGGCUAAGGACCUUGGCCUUUAUUUCUCAGUCAUUUACAGCAGUUUCUGAGCUGCGGCAUUGUGCAGACUAACACAACAUAAACAUCAACUGGUAUUUGAAGCAUCCAAAAUGGGCUGCUCACCAUCCAAAGGAAAUAAUUUUGGGACUCAAGGUUCCUUCAGGAGGGGUAGAAUGCUGCUGCCUGCAACCCAAGAAAGUCACAGGGAAUCCCAGUCUGAAGAUGGAGAAAGUCGAGAUUCCACUGGAACAGCGCAUGGUGAUGCAAGGGAGAAGACGAUAGCUGAGCAAACCCACUCUUUGCAGAAGGAGGCUCACUCAACACCACAAAAAAAGAGAUCUGUGUCUGAGCUGGCUCCGGAAGCAGUCAGUGUGGAUAAGUUAGGAAAUCAAGGAGUGGACAACAACACAGUGACACAGGGGAAAGAGAAACAUGUGGACAAGAAAGAUUUAACAGACAAAAAGCCUGUCAGGAAGCCAAAGAAGAAUAACAGAGGUAUUAAACCGGUGAAAAAGAAAGAGAAGGAAAAAAAGGCCUUACCGCUAGAGGAGAAAGUGGACUUCCCAGAACCUUUGGUAAAAGCUCACCAAGCUGCUUAUGCCUUUUUGAAUCCUAGCAUAAAUAAAUAUGACAUUCUUCUAGGACUUUUGGAACAGGCAACCCAAACUCAGGUUUCUGUGCAGCCUAUGGUUGCUUUUAUGGCUCUACGCUAUGAGGAAAUCAUUCGGGGACUGGAAGACAUGGCAGAUGAGGGAGACAAACUUCUGAAAGAAAAUGGAGAACAUCUUGCUUGGCCAAGCCAAAUGAAAAACCUUUCAUCUUCUCCACCUCUGAAGUCUGGCUCUGCUAAUACCGAGCCCCCACCGGAUUUAUUGCAGCAGCUUCUUCAAUAUACUACACAGAGAAUGAGGAAUGUGAGCCAGACUGUUGGUGGAAUUGGGGACUCUGCUUUGGAGGAGGCAGUUGACUACUUUGCCUCUGUCUCGGAGCUUUUAGAUGAGAAACUGAAAGCCAAGCGUGCAGUAGAGACCAGACUAAUGCAACUUUUGACUCGCAUUGAAACAGCUUCACUGCGCAAGCCUGGGCCAGAGGAUUCUGCUCUCUUCAGUGAAGACAGUGGCAUUGGGGCUGAGAGUGAAUCACUCGCUGGAUCUGAAAAACGCCACAGACGAGAGAGUUGUGAGUCUACAGGGACAAACAGAAACACUCCUAGCAGUCCCCUGGCCUGCAAUUCCAUGAAAAUAAGGCAAGUAGUGUCACGGCGAAAACUUAUGAGCCAAAUCAGUCCUAGCGUCUCACUCACCUCAAUAGAUUCCACAUGUACCAUUAUGGCCAAAGAACAAAAAGACUCAGAGUCACUGCUAGGUUCAGUCUCCUUGGACGAUGGAGAGGAGGAUGAUGACGAUGAUGAUGAGAUGGAUGGAGGCAUGGAAAACAGGCAAGCAGGUUUUAGAAUGCGCUCAAAUUCUUCACCUGUUGACUCCAACCAUCAACCUCGACGACUACCACCAAAGCGCAUAGAGAACCCUCUAAAUGUAGAAAUGACUUUGAAAAUGAAAGAUGCUAUAAGUGGCAGGAUACAAUUUCUACCAUCACCACAUCCAAGUGCCAAAACUAAGAUAGUCGACAGCCCAAAAACAAGUAGACGGCAGUGGGCAGAGGAUGAGGAGCAAUCCCCAAAGAGACCUCAGACAGCAGCAGCUACUCGGAGGGCACUGGUGAAAAAGACCUCAGUGGCCAAAGAGCGACGCUCUCGGUCAGCAGAAUCUCUGCGGAGCAAAGCUGAAGAUCCUACUCUGCUUGAAUUAGAAAGAACCCAGAAGGAUUUAAAUCAUAGGUUAGAGAGGAUGAACAAAAGCAAGGUUGUUGGAAAUACAAGGGGAAAUCCAUGUAAAAAAGGUCAAGGAAACUCCCCAGCACAAUCUCCAGCAUUAAAUCGUGCACGCCCUUCACUAGAGAAGAACAAUUCUCAACCAAUUAAAGACAAGACUGGCCUUGUGAGAUGCAACAGUAGAGAACAGGAGGCAACCAGUGAUACUGAGGAUCAAAAAAAGCGAGACAAGAAAAUAUCCAGAGGUCCUAUGAAAGCCACUCCGCCCCCUAGCCCUCCUUCAUCACCACGGCCAUCCUCGAGCUUUCACAGAGGUAGGAAUUCAGUCAAAAAACUGAUUGAUACCUUCAGUCAAGGUAUAGAGGAACAAGAUGAUCCUAGAGUUUUGGGGCCUCUCAAAGGUGUGCGAAAAUGUGGUGUUCCUGUGUUACCUGGUUUAGGAAAUGUAGAAGCUGUGCUAAGUGCUGGGAUAACCAGCUAUAGACCUCAGUCAACAUCAUCUGUGAAGACUGAUGAUUUAGAUCUGGAUAGUCUUCCUCCACCUCCACCUGAAGUAUUGAUGGAUAAUUCCUUUGAAAGUGCCCAGCGUCUUUGUGGUGCAGCAGAUGAUAGGGCUACAAAAGGGGGCAAGGGGGCAAAGAGGGCUGUUGUAUCGCAAAGACUGAGAGCCUCUGUUCAGGCAGUGACUGUUCUGCCAAGCAAAGGGAGUCUACCACAAGGUUCCAAGGUUAUUUCCUCUGUCAGAGGUGCUCGAGACAUUUUUGUUCAGUCAAACGUCAGCCCCCCAGAUGAUCAGCCAGAGAAUAAUAUUGGAGAAGAGAAGGCUGACUCUCUCUACAAGCAAGCCAGAAAGAUCAUACACUUACAGCACCCUUCAGACUCUAAUUUGGAGAAGUCAACAGCAUGUAACAUGGCAACAAAGACAUCUCUCAGUCAAGCAGAGUCAGCAGAGGAACAAGAUUGCAGCAGCUUUCCAGUGCCUGGACCAAACACUUCAGUGUCUACAGUGCCUCAUUCCUCAGUGGUCAGUAGCCAACCGCCUGCCACCCCUCCAAUGUCUAAGACACGAAUGCUGCCAUCUACACCUUCCACUCCAAGCAGUUUACAUCGAAGACUUCCAAGUCCCAACACCUUGAGAAGGCAGCCUACUCCACCAUCAUCAACCAGUCCGCCUGUUAACCGUAAACUUCCCACCCCGCCAGCACUUCAAAGGAGACUACCUAGCCCACCUGUUGGGAGGCAGAGCAUUUUAAACUCAAACUCGUCCCCCUCUUACCCUUUCAAGGCACCGUCUCCACCAGCUUCACCAAAAGUGCAAAGAUGGUCAAGAGAGAACAGCAGUGAAGAGUCAUCUAUUUCGCGCUUGAUUAGCAAUGCACGUUCUGUCUUCUGCCCUGCUUCUCCGUCUCUGUUUGAGGCCCAGCCUUGUCCAGCGCCCAGACCACCCCAAGCAUGGACGUCUUCAGGGGUCUCUAUUCUCCCACGUCCCUGGGGGAAUCGUGGGAGGUUGCCUGUGUCUGUUCAAGGACCUCGACCCUUCAUCCGACGGACUCAGUCAGACCGAAGGCCCAGCCAGGGCCUGCCACCACGAGCGCCUUGCAUCUCGGUGGCUCAUACUUGUGGGAGUGAGCCGGCAAUAAGUGCACAGGGGCUGGAGGAUGAAACAACAAGGGAGGAUGAACUGUGGGGUAGCCAAUCAGAUCUAAGAGCUACGCCACGCUCUGCAUCACACCCCAACCUGUGUGUUGUUGGUCAGGCUUUGCACAGAGACUAAUGGGGCCAGCGUAGCAGGAUUAGGGAUUAGCAGGCCUCACCAAGGAUUUAAGAUGAUGGUUUUUAUUCCACCAGGAAGACAGGAAGAGCUAAUUCCAUCCCCUUUGCUGUUGGCACUACAUCUCCAUUGUUUUCUUUCUUGGAAAAUUGUGUGUUUGUAUUUUUCAGAGUUUCUUCAGAGUGUCUUUCUAUACUUGUUUCUAGGCGUUAACGUGUGCAUCUGUGCAUUCAUAAGUAAAUGUAUGCACUUAAUGUUGGUUUGUUUGCAAUAUACUGAACUCAUCAUUUGGCUCCAUAAAGAGAUUAUAAAUUAUCAUCCUAAUUCACUGUAAAGACAGCAGCAGUUCUUUUAGUCAUGUGUGUGUAAACAGGGCUGGUGUAAAGGCAGAUUCAGUUCAUUCAGUUCACAUGAUACAUCUUCAAAAAUGAAAUACUCAAGUAUUCUUAGGGCUAAGAUGGUUACACACUGUGUGAAUCCAACAGAUCAAUAAAUAAUGGAGUCGGAAUUCUCAGUUGACUGGCAAAUACGUUGUUGUGCUGUUCCAUGUGUCAUCACCUGUGUUAAAAUGUCAGACUGUUUUGAAAAAUAUUUGUGUUUACAUUAACUCUUUUUAAUAUCCAAAAUCAAACAAUAUAUUUGCUUUCAGCAAUAUUAUAACAAGGUCCUGAAAAUCAUUUUUUUAUUAUUGUUGAUUCUCUGUAAUGCUUGUUUGUUUUAUUUGUUUUCUACUAUUUAUUUACUAAUAAAAGACAUACAUUCACAA